AUAAUCGGUCUUGAUAAGUGAGUAUUGAUAUCCGAUGUGUACAGCAAAUUAUUUUUCGAAUCCGUUUCAUUUCUGUACCAUAAUUAAGGUUUCAUUCGCAUAAGUAGGUAUAAUAUUCGUAGGCAAAAUGACUACCAAAAUGAAGGUCCUCAUGUGGUUUUUUUUAAUCGCAAAGUGGUUCUAUUGAUAAAGGCGUUCGAUUUCAAAUGAUCAAGACAAGCGGCAACAUGAAUUUCAAAAUGAAAACCUCCCUGCUGAUUUUUUUUAUCGCAAAAGAUCUUGUAUCAGUAAGGGCACUCGACGAGUCCUCGAAAUACGACAUCACAAAAGUUCUCAAUGAUUCCAUCAACGGAAUAUUUCAAAAAGCUGGCUGGAGUCGAGUAAAAAAAACAUUCACAAAAGGCUUUCACGGCUUAUCGGAAUAUAAAACCAAAAACAUUCGAAAAUUCAAAAUAUUUGGCGAUGAGAUCAUCUAUCGUGGCCUUCAUUUUCGUGACGUUGGCGCACCCGACCUUAUCUCAAUUCAGUGGAAUUCUGCAAAAAAUGAAACGCGAUUACAAUUUAGCGGGUUCGGAUAUUAUUUAGACUGUAAUAUGAUCGGGGCACUGAACAAGACGGUUGCUAGAUUCUCAGCAAAUCCUAUAUUCACAAAGUUCGCAAUAAUUAUUACUGAAUCAUCAACUGGACAAAAUGAGAGCAAAAUUAAAAUCGAGAUAGACUACGCCAAUAUAAUGCAUUAUGAAUCAACGUGGCUUACCGGAUAUGAUAAAACGAAAUUAAAAACCACACAAAGACUCUUCUACGAGUUCCACAUCAUGUUACCGAAAGUAACACGUCAUUGUUUGGCUCGCAACAAGAAAUUCAAACAAGCAUUAACAAACAGUUUGCUGGUUUACCCGAAACGGUAUAUUUCAUCAAUUUACCCGGAUUUCUCUCGCAAGGAGCGAAAAUAUUACUACUCAAUACCCAAGAUUAGUCUCAAUUCUUACCAUUUGAAAAAUAUCACGAUCCGAGGACUCUCGAAUUUCGAAUCAUUCAACGGCACUUCUCUGCAAGUGAAGAACAUUGAUGGGUUUAUGACUUGUAUUAUUCAUGAGGCGCUAAUAGAGUUCGUGACUUUUGAGAUAGAUCACCUUUUCAUAAGCUUUAAUCGUGAUAACCAAAGUAUAACCGUGAACGCACAGAAGUACAAAAUCAAACAACUUAAUUUCGGAGAUUCAUCUUCCAAACACGAAUCAUUAUUGUUGGAUUCGUUACCUGAAUUUUCGUCGGUCAUCUUGAUGCGACACAUAGAAUCAGCUAUUGCGAAUUCGAUAAUGCCAUAUAUGAAAAAAAAUACAAGUACCAAAUCAUGAUUGAAUCUAUAAGGCUCGAAGAUUCGAACGUUGAACUGAGAUUCGCUCAAGAACAAAUGUCACUAUUAUUCCGUUCGUAUACAAUUAAAUUGAGGAAACAAUACAGACAUGGUGAACCUUUUUUAUAAGGUUCUAAUAUGUAUUUUCCUAUUUUGUUCAAGAACAAAUGGGGGGGGGGAAUGUAUAUGAUAUUAUGUAGUUUUAGUUUCUAUUAUUCAGUUUUCAGUUUUGCAGUCUUAAGCAGAGGUUUCCUUUAAGAAGAAAUAGAACUGAGUCAUUUCACGUCAAUUCGACCAAAAAAUGGUAAGGAGGGUCUGUGAUUUUUUUGAAAUUUUUUCUAUGGAAUGACCUUAUUCCGAAGGGAUGACCAAUGGCACUAAUCGUAGCCCUCGAAAAAAAUCAAUAAAUUGUCAUGUAAAGGCCUCAAAAGCUUGCUUGCCAAGUCCGUCAGUCUGUCUGUCUGUCUGCCUUCCUGGCCACUUACGGUCAUUGGCCCCUUUUUUUGGCAUUUUAAAAUAACUGACCCGCCUGUCUCCUGUUGCCCUGUUUGGUCUCUGAAGGUAAGUAAUUUGACUCGUCUCUGCAGACUAUAAAGGUCGUUUGUCUGCCUGUCGAACCUCUCGAGGUCAUUGACCUACCAGUCUAGCAUCUCAAGGUCAUUGACCUGUCUAUGUGGGCUCUCAAAGUCACCUGGCUGGCCUCUAAAGGUCGUUGACCUGUUUUUUCUGGCAUCUUAAAGUCACUGGCCUACCAGUCUAGCCUCUAAAGAAUACCUAUCUGACCUCUCAAGGUCAUCUCACUCCUGAUGGCCUCCGAAAGUCGCCUGCCUGGUCUCUAAAGGUCGUUGACCCAUCUAAGCGGCAUUUUAAAGUCGCCUGCCUGCCUGUCUGUCUGUCGGGCCAAAUUCUUUCAAAGUUUAGCAAUUUUCAGGUCUUUGUAAUGUAAUGGGAGGAAUUGCAGUAUUUUCUGUCACUUAUGUGAGAGAAAAUUGUUCUGCAUUCAUCUGCAACUCAUUUUAGUUCCAUAAAUACGAGAUCUGGCCGAUUAAUUACGUAAAAGCGCCAUCUGGUGAGUUAGUUCUCUCAUGACCAACGAGUUGUGAGAGAAAAGAGCCAAACACUAGUCAUUUGACGACUCCCAAUGAGAUAACAUUGGUAUACAUCGGUGUUCCAGAGAUGAGAUAGGCUCGUACCUAUUCUCAUAUUUGCGUAAAUCUAGUUGUCCAAACUAGUUGCGUAAGUCCAGUCAUAUUUCGAAAUAUGAACUGGUGAAGCAAUGAUCAAGUGAUCUAUUUCGAAAUAGAUUGAGUUCCAGUUACGCUGAUUGAGAUUGUCAAAUGCACUUGGGUGCAUGGUUAUUACGUAAAACUACAAGUUCAUCCUUAUUUCAAAUCUCUUUCAAAAGAGUAAUGUAGAUGGACCUUCCUACAUCCGUUUAUUGUUCCCAUUCCCCGUGGUGAUGUGCUUUGCACUCCUUAUAGACAUUUUGAAUGCUAUCUCUCCUUUCGUAAUACUGCAUAGGCUCAGUAUAAUUAGCUUGAGUAGAUUAUUCAUAACCAUGUAAUAUGAAUAAACAUUGUAUUAAUGAAUAAUUGAAGGAAUUUUAUUUACUAAGGUACAUAUUGUGUGUCCCGUAAAUGUUUGUCCUAUUUGUUUGUAACCAAAAAGUAGGUACUGAGGCGGUGAAUCACCAGGUACUCACAAAGCUCAAUGAAGCUAGGUGAAGCUCAUUUGAUGAGCUUAUGUACGAGGUUUAUUGCAUGUGCACGAAUGUGCAGAAUCUACCUCCGCAGUAAUGAAUUUUUAUAACUUUUUUAGUGCAUUUCAAAGAUUUCACAAUGUUUUUUUUGUUUUGUUUUGUUUUUUUUUUUUUUCAAGUAAAGUUUUAACAGAUAUUAAUAAUGUCUUUAUACACACUUCCACUGAAAUUUUGAAAUACACAUAGGUAAUAUGAGAAAUAAAAAUUGGUAACUUCACUAUCAAAUGUUCUAUAAUCUCUUGAGCCAGUUCAAGCAUCUCUUGAAAUUUUUAAAUACCGGUAUGGCGAAAUCGGUCUAUCUAUUCCUAUAAUCUUUAAGAUACCUUGCGUAUCAGUUUUCAGUAAAUACAACAACCAUAUCAGUAUUUAUUUCACAAGUGACCAUCCUGUUCAAUGAUUUUUUUAUGAUUUAAGUACAUAUUUGGCCAGAUGAAUUACACAAAGAGGAUAUGUUUCUUUGUUCUAUGUAGUAUAUUCGAAGAAAUCAGUACCGCGAGGUCAAUAAUCGAUUCAUCUGAAAAAUAUGAUAUCACAGAUGUUCUUCAUGACUCCGUCAUGGAUGCGUUAAUGGCUGGUCAUUUGCAAUCAGAAUUAUUUAACAGUAUUCUAUAUCCGCAACAUUAUUUAUACAUGGAUAAAAACCCUGUAAAAAGCAAGCGUUUCUCAGACUUCGUUUGCUUCAGCGCUUUAGUUUUCAUUAUAACUGACUAUUCACGCUCUCCAGUUCGUUGGAACAUUUCAAAAAAUGAUACGUUUGUAGGCUUCAACCAUCUGAAAAUCUUUAUAACUGGGCAAGUACGGAUGUGGCAAAAUUUUUCAACCUACACUUUCUUCUCAGGAUUUCUUGAAAUCAAAAACGUAUCAUUACAUGUCAGGCAUUUGACUAACGGUGAUGAAGAUAAGAAUAUCAACACCAGUGUUUCAUUUGGUUUUGCAGGCAUUUGGGGGGACAAUACAAUAAUUCGUGAUUACGCAAUCGAAUAUAAAGAACGACAAAAGAUGGUAUACAUAAUCAAUAUCUUACUUCCAAAGAUGAUAAAAAAACGUAUAACUAGAAACAAGAAUUUUUCGCAAAGUUUGAGAACCAGUCCUUCUACUCAGCCUCAUCAGAAAAUCAUCUCAAGAUAUUCAGACUUUCACGCGAACAAAGAAAAAUACUACUAUUUAUUACUUCCGAUUACUCUCGAAAUAAUCAGCUUCAGCGACAUUAAGAUCGUAGGUUUGUCGAAUUUUGAAUCGACGGAGGUCAAAGAACAUCCACCAAACGAUAGUUAUUUAUUCACAAAUAAACGCGAAGAACCGAAAUACUAUCAAAUCUUACACAUGAAUGAUAUUUAUGGAAGUAUGGACUUGAGAUACGGCAAGGAGAAGCUAGAGUUUAAAAAACAAAUCGCUGCGAUAAAUUUCACAAUUAAUCGACUUUCCAUGCUAGUUGACCCAUCAAACAACUUUACAACAUUUGAAGCAAAGGAUUACUCGAUCAGUGAAUUUCCUCAAAACUUCUCAAUUUCAAUAACCAAUUGGUUAUCGAAAUUUUCAUCGACGAUAAUGAGACACAUCGAAUCAGCGAUGGCACAUUCCAUCGUGCAGAGAGGAUUACGGUAUCAACUCAACGUUCAGGUAAAGAAUGCGUCAAGUUUGGAAUCGAGUACGCGUCAAAUGGAAAAUUCAUUUAUUCAAAAACAUGGUAAAAUCAAGUCAUCAUAUGAUACAUGAAGAGUUUUUGAAUAAAAUUGCUUGCAAUACCCAGAA